UCCUUGUUUAUCACUAUGACUACAGCUAGAGUUGAAGCUAUAUCAUCCAUAGUUGAUAGAGCUGUUCAUCAUACAUCUCAACAACAACAACAUGAUGAUAAUAAUAAUAAUACAGAUGCCUCCUCCACAUUCGGGGAACAUGUAUUCUCAACACGUGUGAUGGAAUCAAGAUUACCAUCACAUGUUUAUCAUCAUAUACUCUCUUGCAUAAAGACCCGUUCUAUGAUUCAUCCCGAGAUAGCUGAUACAGUAGCGUCAGCUAUGAAGGAUUGGGCAUUACAAUAUGGUGCUACACAUUUUACACAUGUAUUCUAUCCAUAUACAGCUUCUACUGCUGAGAAACAUGAUAGUUUUAUUGAACCUAGAGGAGAUGGUACUGCAUUUACUAAGUUUGAUGGUAAAGCAUUAAUGCAAGGAGAACCUGAUGCUAGUUCCUUUCCUCAUGGUGGUAUUAGAGAUACUUAUGAAGCAAGAGGGUAUACAGCAUGGGAUGUUACAUCACCAGCAUAUUUAAUGGAUAAAGGUCAAUGUCUUACAUUAUGUAUACCUACUGCAUUUGUAUCUUAUACUGGUGAAGUUAUUGAUCUAAAAACACCAUUAUUACGAUCAAUGGAUGCUGUAUCUGUUGCUGCUAAGAGAUUGAUAUCAUUUCUCGUUGAUGAUGUUAAUGAAGAGGAGAUUGAUGAAGUUAUGAGCUAUGUUGGUUCUGAACAAGAGUAUUUCUUAAUCGAUAAAAAGUUAGCUGUAUUACGGCCAGAUAUCAUAACUUGUGGUAGAACUCUAUUUGGUGCUACACCUGCUAAGACACAACAAUUUGAUGAUCAUUAUUUUGCUGCUAUACCUGAUAGAGUAUUAAAGUUUAUGUCUGAAACCGAGAGAAGAUUAUAUAGACUUGGUGUACCUAUUAAAUGUCGUCAUAAUGAGGUGGCUCCUGGUCAAUUCGAGAUAGUACCACUUUAUGAGACUGCUAAUAUUGCAUCUGAUCAUCAACAUCUUAUUAUGCAGAUAUUAAGGAAUACAGCUAGUAAACAUGGUUUUCAAUGUUUAUUACAUGAGAAGCCAUUUACUGGUGUUAAUGGUUCUGGUAAACAUAUUAAUUGGAGUCUAGGCAAUAAUACACAAGGUAACUUAUUUAAUCCCACUGAGAGCCCUUCUUCUAAUACAUUAUUCUUAAUGUUCGUAUCGGCUGUUAUCAGAGCUGUUGAUGUCCAUGCUGGAUUACUUAGAGGAUGUGUAGCAUCAGCUUCUAAUGAUUGUAGACUUGGUGGGGAAGAGGCUCCACCAGCAGUAAUGUCGGUUUAUCUUGGUGAUCAACUUAAUGAUGUAUUCGAUCAAAUUAAGCAUAGUAUACCAGUUAACCAUGAGAGAAACGGUUCAGGUGACUUCGUAUUGGAGACUCGAGUUAGACGUAGUUCUCUAUCAUUGGGUGCUAGUACUCUACCUGAUAUCAAUAAGGAUGCUGGUGAUCGUAAUCGUACAAGCCCUUUUGCUUUUACUGAGUUUGCAUGUCUUACUGAUAUGUUAGAAGAGCGGUUACAUAAUGGUACUACAGCUAAUGUUGAGUAUGCUGCUAAGGCUGUUAUACGUGAUAAUUAUCGUGAACAUGGUCGUGUGGUAUUCAAUGGUGAUGGUUAUUCUAAUGCUUGGAAAGAAGAAGCUGAAAAACGUGGUCUUAAGAAUAUUAAAAGAUCUCCUCAAGCUAUUGCUGAAUAUGGUACAUCUGAAUGUAUACAAAUGUUUGAAAGGUGUAAUGUAUUAAGUAAAAAUGAAGUACUUGCUGAGGAAGAAGUAUUCUUAGAUAAAUAUACUAAGAAGGUUGUAGUUGAAGCUAAUUGUGCAUUAAGGAUGGUACGAACUAUCAUAUUACCGGUUUGUCGACGCUAUCAAUCACAGUUAGCUGAGGAUGUUAUAAAUGUAAAGGAAGCACUUGGUGGUGGUUGUGGUGGUCCUAGAGAUGAUGAUGAUGAUGUAACAGCUUCUAUUAAAGAAGAGCUCAGAGAUCUAACCAACACUAUCAAUGAGAUGUGUGAUAGCAUGAAGCAUCUGGAGAAAGAGGUUAAUGCUUUAGAGAAAAUCAGUGAUGAUGUUGAUGAUUAUAUAAUGCUUUGUGCCCAGUUCGCUGCUGAUCAUUUGGUACCAUCCUUAGAGGUCUUACGAAGUCCUGUUGAUAAAUUAGAGACUAUCGUCUCAAAUGAUAUGUGGCCUCUACCUACCUAUCAAGAAUUACUCCAUAUGAAAUGAUUCUACUGCCGUUCGUAACUCCUUCAUGAUAUAGUAUCGUGAGUUGUUCAUUAUAGUCUUCCAGUAGUUUACUACUUAUCUACUAUCUUCUACUGUCUCGUCGUAAAGGUAUCCCCUUCGUUAGUUCUACUGUAACUGGAAAUGCUCCUCUGAUGCGGUUUUAUGUUGCUGAAGGUUUAGUAACCUAAUCGUGCAUUUCUUCUUUGAACUUAUCUGGUGUUUCCUUAUCGUCACAAUCCUUUUUCUAUGUCUCAGACGAACGUGGAGUUUGUCGCCUCAGA